CUUCCUUCUCAGCCCUUCUUAGGCUUCCUCAGGUCUUCGUAUUCAAUUUCCAUCUCCCGUUAGUCUGUUUAUCAUCACAUCGUUAUGAUUCAUCACCAUCACCAUCACCAUCACCAUCACCAUCACCUUGAGAUUCACUUGCACCACCACCCACCCAUCGGGCCAUUUCGUAUGCAAACAGGGAACUCCCCAUCUCGAUCAAGGUCCAUUCCAGCUCCAUCCCUUGCAUGGAUGUGUCACUUCAAUGAGGCUGUUCAUGACUCCAUGCCCAUGAUGACCAUGAUGAUCAUGCAGCCGACCAGGAACUGCCCACGACAAUUUGAGAUACAUCGGGGUUUUACUUUCUUGAUUGAUUUUGAAGGUUAAUUCGACUCCAAGAUUAACCCCCAAUCAAUAACUUAACAAGCCAAGCGGGUCUAGCCAUCCCUUUGGGACAGUUUAGCACUCUCUACUCCGGACCGCAGCAAGCCAUCUUCAGCUCUCGCCCAUAAUCCGGGAAACUCC